UUUUUUAUUGUUUUGCUUAUAUUGUUAGAAUUGUGGGGAAAACAAAGUAGCUCUUGACUCCCUUAGUUUGGGAGUUCUUUUGUUUCACUCCUCCAUAUGACUUGGGUUGGGUAGCUUUUGUGCUCCCACAUAUAUUGGGAGUUCUAGUAGUUGACUCCACUUUGCUUGGGAAGGCUACAAGUCAUUUUAUAGAUGAGAGUAGCCGACAUCACCAAGUCCACCGACUUGGCUUUUUAUUUCCAGCCACAUGUUUAGCCGACAUAGUUGAUCAUCUUCUUUGAGUUCCACAAUGUAGAUGAAGUGGGUUGUGAAGCCAGUAAACAUCUAGCCAUGAAUGAUAAUCAGUUCAUGGUUGUGAUGAGUAAGACAUCGCUCACACAAAGCAACACGAUGAUACCUAAAACAUCUGUGCAAAAGAUUCAACUUGACAAACUUUGUACAAGUUGCGAACCGUUUUUCUCUCCACCUCCUAAUGUAAAAAAAAUAUUGAGUACUGUAAGAUUUGGAAUGUUCACCCUUAGAAUAAGUAGAAAAAUAUGCCUGGGUAAAUGGGGGACUAAAAAGUGGCGAGUAGAAAUUAAAAAUGAAUUAACACACCCGUGUAGAACAACCAUAGGUAAGGAGUGGCUCACGUUUGUAAGAGAGAACCAACUUCUACUUGGUGACCAUGUUGUUUUCCGGGUCCUUCCCUCCACUAUGGAGUUGGUGCUGGUUGGCGUUUAUCGCCACAACCCAGCUACUCCUCACCGUGCUUCCUCCAGUGUUCAUCCACAUGAGGCCACUAGCAGAGACCAAGAUCUGUCGGAGGUGGUACAGAAAUUUCAUAAUUUGGAGUUGCAAGGAAAAGAGGACAGUAUUAGGAAACUAAAAAAUGAAAUAGUGUUGUUGAAGCAAAGGAUGUCUGGGAUUGAGAAAUCUAAAGCCAAUGAGGGUAAAGAUAUUUCUGUUGCCCUUCCAAUACGUACAAAUGAUGCCAUGCAAAUGGAGACAGAAGCUGGCGGAGCCCAAGUUCAAUCAGAGGAGGUACAGAAGCUUAACGAUGUGAUAAAGCUUUGUAAUGAGCAGUUGGAAGUGAAAGAGGAAACUAUAAGGAAACUAAGAUUGUUAUCGGAGCAAAGGAUUUCUGGACUUGUGAAAACUCAAGCCGAUAAGAUUGAUUUUCUAGAGAAAAAAAUUGAGCAAGAAUUUGCUGUUGUUAAUUCAACAAUUUCCAUCAUGAACUCUGAGAUUGCUUCAUUGCAAAGUAACCUAAAGGACAUCGAUAGAAAGAAUGAGCUCAUCUUGAGGAUGCAAGGGGCUCGAUUAGCUGAGGUGGAAGUGCUUUUCAAAGAGGAACAACUCAUGAGGGAGCGCUAUUUUAAUACUGUUAGAAGGUUGGCAUUUCUUUUGAGAGGAGGAGUGUAAAGCAGACAACACGGCUUAUUUACGAGUUUGCACUCGUGGAGGGUGUUUCCAAUUCAUCCUUGAAAUGUACUGAUCUAGUGAAGUCAAUUUUCUGUCUGACUUGGUGCUGCCAAAGAGUUCAAAGAUAGUCAUUCAACCCCACGAACGGGACUAUAAGGACGUUUAUGUAAACUUAAUAAGUUAUUAAAACUUGAACACUAACUAUGUUCUGCCAUUUGAAUGGACGCUUGAGAAAAAGAGUUCUUCUCUAAGAUAAUCGACUGCCUUAGCUCAAUA